AUGAGGCUAGCAAUGACCAACAACCUGCCCUUUGUUGGCACGUUUGCUUUUUGCUACUGCCUACCUCCAAACAGCUCGGGAAUGGAGGAUCAACGGUCACGAACCAAUCACAAGCGCGGACGUAGAAAUUAUCAGCGUCACGCCAACAAAGCGGUUCCUGAGAGAGACGUCCACUUGAUGUCUGGUCCGAAACUGUUUGGGUACUGGCGCGGCAAAGGGGGAAGACCUUGGGCGGCUGGAAUUCCAGAUGAUAUCUGCCACUUGUUGAAGAUCUUGGAUGAGAAGGAUGGGAAGCUAGAGGUGCAGUUUGUUGGAUGUGCCAAGUCCAAGUCUGAGUGGUGGGAAUCGGAUACUGUCAAGGAGACUUACAUUGAGCUUUGGGAUGAGUGGGUUCAAGCGCGAGACACUGUUGAGCCAAAACAAGAAUCUGACUGA